CAACCACCCCAUCGACCUGCCGCUCCCCGGGACUUUCACAAUGAAGUUCAUGAAAGUGGGCCGUGUGGCCAUCAUCACCCGUGGCCGUUACGCCGGUAAGAAGGUCGUCAUUGUCCAGCCUAACGACACUGGCUCCAAGGCGCACCCCUUUGCCUACGCUAUCGUCGCCGGUAUCGAGCGCUACCCCCUCAAGGUCACCCGCCGCAUGGGUAAGAAGACCGUCGAGAAGCGCAGCAAGAUCAAGCCCUUCAUCAAGGUCGUCAACUACAACCACUUGAUGCCCACCCGUUACACUCUCGAGCUCGAGGGUCUCAAGGGUGCCGUCUCCAACGACACCUUCAAGGAGGUCUCCCAGCGUGAGGACGCCAAGAAGAACGUCAAGAAGGCUCUCGAGGACCGCUACACCAGCGGCAAGAACCGCUGGUUCUUCACUCCUCUGCGUUUCUAAACGGGAUAAUUGGGGCGUUUUGUCGUUUGAGCGCGCAAGGUCUUAGAUGAGGCAAAGGGAAAAAGAAAAGCAUCGAAGACGUCCAGUUCAUGAGCUUGGGAUUACGUGAA